CACAUCUUGCUGUUAACGUGAAAGUUGUAAACAGUACUGCCGUAAAGCGAACAAAGUAGCGUCGUGGGAAGAAAGCAACAUGGCGACGGCAAUGACAGGACGUGCUGUGUCUUUCAUUAGGAACAUAUCUGGGGUGUUCCACUCAAGGUUACAGGUUCUGGCUGGUGGUCCUCAGCAGCUCUCGUGUCUCCACACCAGCACUUCACUGGAAGCAAAGAACUGGGAGAAGAAGAACAAGAUAGUUUAUCCACCUCAGCUACCAGAUGAACCACGCAGACCAGCAGAGAUCCACCACAGCAGGAGGCAGAUUAAGUACAGCAAAGACAAGAUGUGGUACCUGGCCAAAAUGAUAAAAGGGAUGAGCAUCGAUGAGGCUAUUGCACAGCUGGAGUUCAACGACAAGAAAUGCGCAAAGAUCAUGAAAGAGGUUCUUUUGGAAGCUCAGGAGAUGGCGGUCAAAAAUCACAAUGUAGAGUACAAGUCCAACCUGUAUGUAGCUGAGUCCAACUCCGGCAAAGGGAAGUACCUGAAGCGGAUCCGUUACCACGGCCGGGGGAGGUUUGGCAUCAUGGACAAAGUUUACUGUCACUACUUUGUCAAGCUGGUGGAGGGCUUGCCACCCAAAACGGAGGAGAAGACAAGCUUUGACCAGGCCAAAGAGUACGUGCAGAACCUCAAGAACCGAACCAUCAUCCACAGUCUAUAGACCAUCUGACAGGAUAAUAUUUCACAUGUACCUUUUACUGUAUAUCUGUUUGUGUCAUUUGACAUUUGUAAAUAAAUGAGGAAAUUGGUAAUGAUA